UACAGUAUAAAAUUGUUUGUUUGACUAAGUUAUGUCUGUUUUCUACAGCUAUAACCUGCACCUCUCGACCUCAAGAAUGGGGCAAAGGAGCACUGCAACGCAAUCCAUCUGCCAUAGCCGAACGUCAGUACGACUCUUUCAAGAUUAAUGUGAAGAGGAGAGCUCAGUUUGAUCCCGGCCAACAGCUGUGCAGGGUGGCCCAAGUAGACAACAAAUAAAUGACUUCUUGAGUGCCCUCCAAUACAAAGAAAUUCCCUGUUACUGGCAGACCCAUAUGUCCAUUACAUAUGAAGAUUAUGCAAUAACUUUGGAAGACUUAUGGAUAUUUGAUGAGAGCCGAUGGCUAUAUUAUGAAUCAUUAGAAGAACUUUACUCGAAGUCAAAACCAAACCCACGCUACAAAGGACCGUUUGAGUUUCCUGGUACCCAAGGACAGAGCAAGUCAGCAAUUUGGAGAACUGUGCGUGCCCUCAACUGCACGGCUUCUUCUUGUAAAAAAAUUUGUCGCAUGACAUCAGACAACAGCAUUAUGCAAUUUCUCAGGAAACAUCUGUGGGGACUUGACUCAUUUACCUCAAAAGCCUGCAGCUAUGGAAAUUCUCAUGAAGAAAAAGCACGACAAGCAUACAUCCAAAAGAAGAGAGCAGUGGAUGACACUGUACAAGUGCUCACUACAGGUUUGCAUGUUCACACAGAAUAUUUAGGCUUGGCAUGUAGCCUUGAUGGCCAAGUUAUUUCUGACAGAAGCCCUCCAAGAAAUCUUGAAAUUAAGUGCCCAUACACUUUGCGUGAAAAGGAUCCCAAUAAUUUUGAAAAUGUUCUGAACAAGAAACAGAUGAGUAAUUUCUGCCUUACAAGAAAUUCAAAUGGACAAUUAGAGCUGAAGCAAACUCAUGAAUAUUAUUACCAAAUUCAAAUGGGGAUGGGUCUCACAGAAUGCUCAUCAUGUGACUUUUUUGUUUGGAGCAAAUAUGGCUCAAUUCUCAUAACAGUUCCCUUCAAUGAAAGUUUGUGGAAAGAAAUCAGGAAAAAAUUGGCAUUAUUUCAUUGGGAAAUAAUGGUUCCAGAAUACUUUGCCAUGAAGACGCCAAGAAACCUCACGGCCAUCAAGAUAUAAUCUCCUGUGUUACCUCUUGUGAGGAGUGCAUGUCAGACGAUUCUGCAGCAUCCAUACUGCUUGCCAACCCGGCAUUCCAGUUGAUGGUAUG